GGGAGCGGGUGCAGGCGGUGUGGCCGGUGCGGGGGAGGGGACCCGGCAACUAGGAGAGGGCUGGAGGACGGAUGGGCUGAUACGGUAGUAGUUGACCGGUGUGCGCGUAUGGCACCAGGAAGGCAGUAAGACACUGCCGCCGUGCAGACAGUGUCUUCAGACGCAGUUUUGGUGAAGGUGACAUUGCGCCAGAGGUUGGUUGUUUUCUUCCUAUAUUGUUGACUCCAGCUACCUUUUGUUGUGUUCCUUAGUGGGAAGUGCUGGCGUCUCUAGGACGGCCGGACCGCGUCAAAUGUUCAUGGGUGUAGCAGGUAGCCAGGCCAAUCCAGGCACUUCCUGGUGUACAGAUAGCCAUUCACGUUAUCUGACGGACUCGGAGCUGGUUGGCGGGUAUCAUCGUGUCAAUGUACGGGCCUCUGCUAAAGCAUGGGACCUUGGGCCUCUGCUUGGCUGUCAAGCUGGCUAGCCAAUUCCUUCAGCAAAGGGCUUGCCAGGGACACUGCGUGCAACUGCGCUGAGCGCCACCGCUCGCGGAAGAUGUUUUACUUCCUAGCAUUGCUAUGCUGGCUAAGCAGAGACGCGAAAUACUUGCUGCUUUGGGUGAAAACUGAGACUGAACGGGCUGGCUUCUUGUAUUAGGGUUUGAGACGUUGCAAAGUACGGCGGUCGAUCUUAGCAACUAACCUCACCUCAUCAUGACGUCAAGCAGGAGAUAAACACGGUAGACUUGCAGCAUGUAAUUUACCUCGCCGCUGUUACGGUUAUAGAAAGCAGGCACACGAACGUAUUUUCAAGCUACUGCUAUCAACGGUCCGAAUCUUAGCUAUGGAAAAAGCAUAGAUACCAGUCUGCGUACAAUGCUAGGCGCUUUGCAGAAUUUAUUUUCCAAAAAGCAUGGGACCUUGGGCUCGGUGCCAGCGGUUGCCUCCGACCAUGGCAUGGAAGGAUUGCCGACAACCUCUGGCAAUUUGGAUACCGGCAAUACGUUCGAUAGCAAUAGCAAGUCACGCCAGGAAAUUGUAAACACGGAGGACGACUGUGCUGGGCCUGAUGACACAUUACAUGGACUUCUGAACGCGCCGGAGGAAUUCGCUGCAGAGCAAAAAGAAUUUCUUCGUCAAUAUGGAGCAGAUUACGGGUAUGGUGGCCAGCUCAGUCGUAUCCGGGAGCAGGAAUUCCGCCGAUUACGUGGCCAUGUUUACCUGGACUACGCUGGCGCAGCGCUGUACUCAGAGCGGCAAAUCCAGGCGUGUGCGGACGACCUCAUGAGCCAGCUGCUGUGUAACCCUCACAGCUCCUCCUCCUCCCUCACCUCCCCCUCCUCCGAGGCCCUAGCGGCGCUGCGCCGGGAGACGCUGGACCUGCUGCGCGCUGACGGGCGGCAGUACGAGGUGGUGCUCACGUCGGGAGCCACUGCGGGGCUGAGGAUGGUGGCUGAGUGCUUCCCCUGGACCCCCGGCUGCAGCCUGCUGGCGCACCCGCCUGCCGUACACAACAGCGUGCUGGGUAUGAGGGGUCCGGCGCUGGCGGCGGGGGCUGCCGUACAGCUGGUUCAGCUGGGGAGGGAGGCUGGCGGGGGCCUCGAUAGGGCGAUGGCGGCGGCAGCUGGGGAGGUGGUGGAGGCGAAGGCAGUAAUGGCAGAAGCGGAGGCGGAGGCGGUGGAGGGUUCUGUCAAAUCAGUGGGAGCAACAGCGGCGGCGGCGAUGGUGACCUUGCCGUACGGUCAAACCCCGAACCGUGUCGUGGCGAUUGGGUCGCCGUACAAUGUUGCCUCAAGUGCAGCUAGCGGCUGCGGCAGCAGAGGCAGCAGCACGUACUGCAGUGCUACUGCCGCCUCCGUUGGGAGGAGCGAUGGCAGCGGAGGCAGCAGCACGAAGGGGGUGGUCAAUAGCGGCGGUGGGGAUGGCGAGGGCGGCGAGCCUCCUCCUCCUCCUCCUCCCUGUCCCGCUCCCCCUGCCCCCUGCUACCACCUCCUAGCCCUACCCGUGGAGUGUAACUUCACGGGGGAUAGGUACGAGCUGGGGGACGUAGUACGACAUGUACAACAGUACGGCAUUGACUCGGCAACAGGGGCUGCAAUGCCGUACACAGCAGUGCCGGCAGCGGCUUCUUCGGUGCCCGCAGGCGCGGUCGGCUGCAGCGGUGACGAAGACGAUGCCAAUGCCGAUGCUGUUAGCGAUGGCUGUGCAGCAACGCAAGACAUCGGCAGCCGCGGCGGCGGUGGUGGUGGUUGCCGUACCAACGGUCGGUGGCUGGUCUUACUCGAUGCAGCCAAAGCCUGUGCAACAGCUCCUCCGGAUCUCUCCACCACACCCGCGGACAUUGUAGUACUGUCGUACUACAAGAUCUUUGGUCACCCCACCGGGCUGGGCGCGUUGGUCGUACGGCGGGAUGUUCUGGAUUUGCUUGUACGGCACAAGUCGUACUUUGGCGGCGGUACGGUGGAGGUAGCGGUGGCAGAUCGGCCGUACCAGGUCCUGCGCCCGGGCCCCGCCGGUCUAGAGGACGGUACGCCAGCCUUCACCGCCGCCGCCGCGGCCCGCCACGGCUUCUCCCUCCUCCGCCGCCUCGGCGGGCCCCCUGCCGUACACCGACAUGCCACCUGCCUAACCCGCUGGCUGGCGGCACGGCUAGCAGCGUUGCGGCACGGCAACGGCGCGCCCGUGUGUGUUUUGUACGGCAAAUGGUGCAACGCCUUGGCUGCUUCUGCUCCUCCUCCUCAUGAGCGCCAUGUUGUCGAUGACGUUGUUGUUGUUGGUGGCAGCCUUCAGCACCACGGCCCCACGCUGUGUUUCAACCUGCUGCGACCCACGGGUCAGCUGGUGGGCUGUUCCGAGGUGGGUCGGCUGGCGGCGCUGCACGGUCUGCUGCUGCGCACCGGGUGCUUCUGCAACCCUGGGGCGUGCGGCGAGUGGCUGGGGCUGAGUGGGGAGCAGGCCAUCGAGAACCACCGUGCCGGCCACGUGUGUUGGGACGAGCGCGACUUCCUGUGGGGUGCGCCCACGGGAGCGGUGCGCGUGUCGCUGGGGGCGGUCAGCAGCUUCCGGGACGCAUGGGCGCUGCUGGCGCUGGUGAGGAGGAGCGGGAGGAGGGGGAGGCCUGCGCCUGUAAGGAGCAGCGGCAGCAGCUUGAGUUCAUGGGCGGUGAAGCGGCCGAAGCGGUGCCAGCAAGUGCAGCAUCAGAGGGGGCAGCAGGGGUGCCAGCAGGGGGUACUGCCGGAGGUGUGGUAUCCGGCUGCACCAGCACCACUAGCAGCAGUGCAGCCCCUACUGCCGCCGGCACCGGCAGCAGCACCACCACCACCAGCACCAACAACAACAGCACCACCGGCACCGGCAGCAGCACCACCACCACCAGCACCACCACCAACAACAACAGCACCACCGGCACCGGCAGCAGCAGCAGCACCACCAGCACCACCACCAACAACAACAGCACCACCGGCACCGGCAGCAGCAGCAGCACCACCACCACCACCACCAACAACAACAGCACCACCGGCACCGGCAGCAGCAGCAGCACCACCAGCACCACCACCAACAACAACAGCACCACCGGCACCGGCAGCAGCAGCACCACCACCAGCACCACCAACAACAACAACAGCACCACCGGCACCGGCAGCAGCAGCACCACCACCAGCACCACCACCAACAACAACAGCACCACCGGCACCGGCAGCAGCAGCACCACCACCAGCACCACCAACAACAACAACAGCACCACCGGCACCGGCAGCAGCAGCACCACCACCAGCACCACCACCAACAACAACAGCACCACCGGCACCGG